AUGUCUGUUUUCACUUCGUCCAGUCAGGUCGUUCCAAGAGGUGUCGAUUCCGAGGUACAACAACGAGUAAACACCUCAUCGCAAACUGAUCUCAGGAACGGCUCGUCGACCUUCACUCUUCGGCUGACCCCAAGUGCUCCGACGAUAACUCUAAAGG